AAAUAAAUGAGUCACAACCACGACUCCCACAUCAAUAACAGUCGAAUCAAGAUGGCGGCCGAGGGCGAGUACGAGUCGAUCCUGUGCGUGAAGCCCGAUGUCAACGUCUACCGCAUCCCGCCGCGCGCUUCAAACCGCGCGUACAGGGCAGCAGACUGGAAGCUGGAUUCUCCAGACUGGACCGGACGCAUGAGGAUCACCGCCAAGGGCCACGUGGCCUUCGUCAAGCUGGAGGACAAGGUCUCAGGGGAGCUGUUCGCCCAGGCGCCCAUCAAUGAGUAUCCUGGCGGCGACAUGGAGACGGUCAGCGACUCCAGCCGCUACUUCGUGCUGCGGAUACAGGAUGACAACGGUCGGAGCGCCUUCAUCGGAGUCGGCUUCGGGGACCGAGGGGACGCCUUCGAUUUCAACGUGUCUCUGCAGGACCACUUCAAGUGGGUGAAGCAGCAGCACGAGUUCAGUAAAAAUGCCGAGCUCGGGGAAACGGGACCGAAGCUGGAUUUGGGCUUUAAAGACGGACAGACCAUCACGCUGAACAUCGGGCAAGGUAAAAAGAGGGAUAAACCCCGCCCACUCAGCUCAGGUGGGUUUGGACUCCUCCCACCACCGCCUGGAGGCAAGGUGGCCCCACCCCCUCUGUCGGGCUCAUCCAAUCACAACACGGUCCCCCAGACGGGGGACAUGGCGACAGGAUGCCUGUUGGAGCUGGACAGCAGCAACUCCAACACGGUGGUUCAGUCCAACACGGGGGUUCAGUCCAACGCCGACUCAGAUCUUUGGGGGGACUUCUCCGCUCCUGCGAGCUCCGUUCCAGCGACGUCACAACUGCAGAACUGGAUGCAGUUCUGAGUCUGUUGUGAUCUCCACACACACACACACACACACACACAGAUCCCGAGUGAAACUCCACAGAGCUUUAGCAACAACAUUUUCAUCCAGAAAGAAUCACGUUUUUCUCUCGAAUAUCAAAUAUUGUUGAAAGGAACUGAGGCGUUAAUCCGUUUUUAAGAAGCCAUUAUAUGAUGUAAACCACCCCCCCCCCCCCCCCCCCUGAAAACAGCAGAUAUUAAGGGCUAUGCUGUCGUCCUGAUGGCAGCGUUUCCUCCUCUGGCUGCAGCUCUGCUCAGAGCUUCAUGUUGUCCACGGCGCCCCCUGCAGGAACUGCAGAGUACUGCAGCUCCAGAAGUGGAGGCGACUAACUGUAAGACGGUUUCCUUAUCGCUCUCAAACUGGCACUUAAUUCAUGCAUUUGUAUUAUUAUUUAUUUAAUUAGAUUAUUUCUAAUGAAUCACAACUUUCCCUGAAUAGUUUGUCUAACUUUAUUUAAAAUAUAAAGAUUUAAGAAGGAACUCUUGGAUACAUUUGUAAGAGAUUUAACGUGAAUAAAAACAUUUAAUUUUCAGACUCCAGAAUCACUGUACAUAAAAUGAGCGAUGAUGCAAGCGGAGACAAAAGAUGCAACUUCUAAAUGUUUUUCGGUCAGUGGUGCAUUAUGGGAUGCAAAACUGAUUUCAGAUGAACUUCGUUUUUUUUAAUUUUAUCACCGUUAUUAUGCCUUGUAUUGAUGUGUCGCCACGGCAACCAUUGCACAGUAUUGUUUUAAUUCCUGUCUGCUGUAUUAUGUCUAUAAAUAUCAUGUUUACAAUGUGAAAUAUUAUUUUGGUUUACUACCGAUUGGCUUUGCUUUGUUGUGAUACCCACACAUCCGUCAUCACUGCCAAUUAUUUUUCAUUUUUAUGAACUUUUACUGCAUUUUAUUUUAUUUUUUCUUUAAAAUUAACCGAGUAAGCUAAGAAUGAAACAUUAUGCUGAGUUUAGUGGUGGGUUUUGAUUUAAACUACUUAAAUACUUCCUCACAACACAAUAAAUGAGGUGAAUGUAGGCGACGCAUUAAAUGAAAUAUGUAAUGACGUCCACGUCUGAGAGCAGAGGAAGAGGAAGAGGAGGUGGAAGUGGAGCGCAGGAUUAUUAACUGCUUUGUUGUGUUUGUGCGAUGACCGUGAAGCUAUUAUUGUUGUUGUUUUUUAAUGGCGGAAUUUUCUGGGUGAGCCUUUAGCACUGAAUGUGGGUGAAAGGUUGGAAGUUAAAGGAGUUUUUAUUUUGGGAAACGCUUGUAAUUCUGGAAACUAGCUAGCUCGGCUGAAGAAGAAGAAGAGUCGUAUUCAUUGUUUUCUUCUCUUUAAAUGUGGAACUAUGCCUUUAAAUAUGUUUUAAUACUGUAUUUGCCGACGUGGACGGACCUGAUGUGGCUUAUUUGACUUAAAUAAAAGAUGAGGGCGGGACUAACAAGGUGGUGGUGAUGAUGAUGAAGAAUGUCUCCAUGGCAGCGUGUGAUAUGUUAGGAGAGGCUCGUCUACACGACUCCUGUGAAUUUAUUUAGUUUGUGUACGUUUUUUAUUAUUUUCUGUGAUGACAUCACGGAUCUGUGUGAGUCGCCAUUGACGUGUGUGUUGUGUUUACAUUGCUCGUCUCGCUGAAAUGUAUGAAGAAGAAGAAACGUCUCAUUCCACUCUGGCUGUAAACUGACCAACACUUUUGAUUUAUGACCAAUUUAAUGAGAAAGAGGCAAUAAAUCCUUUCAAAGGA